CCUGGAUACAAUUCUGAAUAAACACUGAACAUUCUCCACGAGCACUACUGCCUGUUUGAUACCUUUGAUUUAUUUUAUUAUUCUCUUCAGUAUGUCUACUGCUGGGUUAUACUUUUAAAGUAUUCCGCCAGCAUGGCUCAGCUCCUCGAUAAUCUAGCGUCCUGGCUCCCUUUGCGUAUUUUGUAUUUGUGGGAAUUAAGCGACUCUUUCUAUUAGAAGAUUCCAUAGACUGUAUACAUCUGAAGGAUAUCACCCUGACUUAAGACGAUGUUGGCAGAUCUACCCUCUGAGAUUAUCUACGAAAUUGCAACACAUCUCCUGACAGCAAGUGCUUUGGCGAGCCUGUCUCAGACGUGUCGUCGGCUGAACCAGAUCGUUACCGCGGAGGACUCUCGUAUUUUCCGAGCGCUUGUCAAGAGCCGGUUCCCGUAUAUCCAGACGCCUUCCUUCUGGAGGGAUGCAGCGCAGGCCCUGACGGCUCGCUCCCGGGCGCUGGACAGACACGCUGUGAUAGCUCGGUUUGUGCUUCCGGCUGAGGAUGCGGUGAAGAUUGGGUCCCAUCGGGCGACUCGACGAGACAAUCCGACGCUUGGUUACCGCCCGGCGAUCGACUCUUACGAGUUGUGGACUGGCGGGAAAUGGGCUGAUAAGCGUGAGGUGGUGGCGUGGGGAGCAGCAGAUGAGUUGAUGAUCCGAAUCAAAGAGUCGGGUGCAAGCGCUGGGGAGAAAUGGCUUGUCUUCAAUGACCUGGAUCAUAUCAGCAGCUACGACGAUAUCUGCGGUGUUCACCUGCUCAAACCGACUCAUCACAGCGCCCGGGAGGAUGGACACGAACACUUGAUUUUCGGUCGUGUGCGUGGGGAUCUUGUGCAUCUGGCCGUCUCGCCGGAGGAGAAGACACACGAGUAUCGUCAGAAGUUCGUCACACACGGACAGGAGCUCGUCAGAACUGACCUCAGUAAUGGAAACGAGCCCAUCUUGGCGGCCCAUUUCGACAACGGCUCCAUUGGGCUUUACCAUACAGUCUCCGAGGAGGCUGAAGUUGAACCCUUUGGGUCCCUCCGGCUCGAGUCCGCAGACAGCGGCACUCGCCAUGGAUAUUCGAAAUUUCUCUCGCCUAGUCGAAUCGCCGUGGGGACCGGUGGUCUAAUGAACUCAUUGUCGAUCUGCACGAUCACGCCUGAGACGGUGUCAGUGUGCCGCGAGAUUGGUGUCGAGUCCUUAGACCUGGAAGAACGUGCUGGUAUGUCCUGGAAAGCCACUGUGAGUGGCAUAGCGCCUCUCACUUGCCAGACAGCAGGCGGGGCUUCUGGAGACGUGUUCCUGGCGGCAUGGGGAGACCGGGCUAUCCGAGUCCAUGACCUUCGCUCCCCGGAACCCUUUGUUUCAACCUACCGUGACGAGACAGACAAUAACCCGGUAUACAGCCUCCAACCAUUCGGCCACGACCGGUUUCUAGUGGGAGCAGGAGGCGACUCGGUGUUGAAGAUAUUCGAUCUCCGCAUGCAAACCACUUGCAAGCAUCUUGAUUCCCAACAUGGUCUCGGGCUUCCACCUCCAACCCCCUCCAGCAGGAUGUCUUCAAUGGCGGACGGACCGCGGAAUCGGAAUCCCGGCUCACGCAAGAAUUUCUCGCUCUUCCUAUCCUACAACCCCCCCGUGAAUGGACGCGGGAUCCAUUAUCAAAGGAGACGCCAUCGCACUUCUAACGAUCGAUCCUACCGGGGUCCAAUCUACACCUUGUCCUCGCCCUCCCCAUCCUCGCCGACGAUCUACGCAGGAAUCAUAGAUGGCGUCUUGCAGCUCGACUUUGCCUCGGCAGACGACCUGACAGGAUCUUGCAGAAAAUGGUACGAAGACAAUCUCUCCCUGAAUCUGGACUGGAGCAGAUCUGCGCCCUUGCGGACGAAAAUCCUCGAUUUAUCGGGUUACGAGCGCCCCGACGCAGACGACCUUACCACCACGUCUAGAUUGAGGACGCAGCGGCCAUUCGAGUCUUUGGAAGCGGCCGAGACGGAGUCCGGUUGGGAUCAAAGAUGGGAGCCUUUAGAUGAUGGAGCGUGGAGGCGACGUGCCCAAGAUAAAUAGUUUUACUUGAUAUACAUGGAUGCUCAUGUUAGGUGCAUAGGAAAAGCAUAGCGUAGAAAUGACAG